GCCACCGAAGCUCUUCAGCACCUUCACGCAGUUCAACUUGGCGUUGAAGGACAAUGCGGAGAGCGUUCAUGCAGAGCGGAGCCGGAGGAUGUUCGCUUCAACAAGGCAGGAAACCUCUUUGCGGAUUUCGCCACUUCGGGAAAGUUGCGGUGCUGUGUGCCGUCGAAUCGUUGACAGCAGUGCUUUUGACAUCUUCUUCGCGCUCGUCGUCUUUACCAACUCCGUCUUUAUUGGAGUGGAGGUGCAGGUAGGACUCAACGGGGAUGACCAGCGACCGCUGGCCAUGCAGAUCAUCCAGUACACGUACACUGGGCUGUUUACUUUGGAGCUCUUGCUACGGAGCAUCGUUGGAGGUUGGAAUUACUACUGUGGCCAGGAGUGGAUGUGGACUUGGUUGGACGUCUUCAUCGUCUUGAGCUCUUUAUGGGAGGUCAUCAUCGAUAUCAUCCACAUCUGGGAAGAUGAAGAGAGCAAGCAAGGCUUUUUGGGAAUGACCGGCUUGAAAGCCUUCCGCAUCGUACGCAUUACGCGGCUCUUCAAGGCGGUGCGCCUGAUGCGCAUCUUCCGCUUUGUUCGGGCACUGCGGACAUUGAUUACCUCAAUUCUACACACACUGAAGUCUCUCUUCUGGGCGGUGGUUCUUCUCGGCAUUAUCGUCUACGUCUUCUCCGUCCUAUUCACUCAGAUUGUGAACGACGAGCUUCUGGAGGGGAACUGGAGCGUUGAGCA